UGUGUGUGCGCCUCGAUGGUGUGCGAAUGUGCAUCUGGGACGCAGCGAGCGCGAGCUGAGGGCGAGGGUGACGGGCCACACGCCAGUGAGUCUUUGUGUGGCUCUGGGUGUGUCCGAGAGCGGGGCUGGAUGUGGGGACGGUGUCCGGGCAGGGGGGUGCGCCGGGUGCGGGGCCGUAGCGCCCCACUGGGUGGGGGUCGCGGCCAGCCCGGCCCCCGGGGGUUCCCGGUGGCAGCCCCCCCACCCCGGCCCGCCCCGCCCCGGGCUGGGCCCGCGGUGCCCGCACUCCCACAGGCUCAUAGAUUGCUCUCGCCGGAGGCUCCCAGCGCAGCCUGGCCGGGAACGCCGCCGAGAGCCGCCCGUGGAGGGGACUCCGUGGACCCUCGAGAGCGGAGUCCCGCUGGGGGAGGGCGGCGGCGCCGGCCCGCGGAGAGGCGCGUCCCCGGGGACCCCGGGCCGCGCGCCAAGGCGGCCAGAGCGGCCCCCUUCCCGCCCCGCCUUCCUCGCGGGGCUCAUCCCUUCACGGGGUGGGGGGGCGCUUGGGGCCGGCACCCAGCGCGCCUACUGCGUGCGCCCCCGCCCGGGAGCCGUGCCCCGCGGCCGCCGAGACUCCAGUCCGCGGGCGCCGUCGCGUGCGCCCGCCGCAUCCCGCCGUGCGGAGGGUCCCAGGCCGCGGCCCCGCGACCCCCGGGGACCGGCGCGGGCGUCCUUGGCUACGCAGCCCAGCUGCCUCGCUCGGGUGACGUCAGCGACUCGGUCCCCGCCGCCGCCGCAUCCUCUGAGCCUGCCCGGAGCCCCGGUGCCCGCGCCCCCCGCGCCUGCCCGGCCAUGGCUUGGCUGGCGCUGCUGCUGCUGCUCGCACCGCCCGCCGCCCCCGCGCCCGCCCCACGCGACCCGUUCGUCCCGCAGCUCGGAGACAUGCAGACCUGCCAGCAGCGCUGCCGCGACCGCUACUCGGGCCCGCAGUCCCCGCAGCUUGAGGACACCACUGAGUCACCGCAGAGGAAGCAUGGCCGGGCCAUGAUGGUCAGUGCCUGCAACCGAGGCUGCCGCUUCUUCUCCAUCUGCCGCUUCGUGGCCCGGAGCGCUAAGUCCAAUGGCACUCAGGCCGAGUGUGAAGCAGCCUGCCUGGAGGCCUACAUGAAGGAUGCAGAGCAGCGUGCCUGCAGUGAGGGCUGCUGGAACCCCAACCCUGAGCUGGACCACAAGCAGAGAAAAGUCCUGAAAGCCCCCAGUGGGGUCGUCUCCUUGCUGGAUUUAUUCUCCACCCUCUGCAAUGACCUCAUCAACUCAGCCCAGGGCUUCAUCUCUUCCACCUGGACCUACUACUUGCAAACCAACAGCGGGAAAGUGGUGGUAUUCCAGACUCAGCCUAUGGUGGAGGCCCUGGGGCAUGAGGGGUACCAGCGGAAGCGAGUGGAGGUCACGUGGCGGGGUCCCCACCCCGAGGCCUUGGAGGUGCACAUGGACCCCCUGGGUGCUUUGGACAGAGCAAGGAAGGCCAAGUUCCGAGUGAAGACCAGCAACAAGGCCAAGGUGGACGAGGACCCACAGGACAAUGACUUUCUCAGCUGCAUGUCCCGGCGCUCAGGGCUGCCUCGCUGGAUUCUGGCCUGCUGCCUCUUCCUGUCCGUGUUGGUGAUGCUCUGGCUUAGCUGUUCCACGCUAGUGACAGCGCCUAGCCAGCACCUCAAAUUACAGCCCCUGACUCUGGAGCAGCACAAAGGCUUCAUGGUGGAGACCGACUGGUCCCUGUACCCUCCUCCGUUGCCCGCCGUUGGAGAUAGCCCCCCGCCCUACAAGCUGAAGCUGGACCUGACCAAGCUGUAGGUCUUCGUCUUCCCCCAGCCCCCGGAGACCUCUCUGUGCCCCGCGUUGUCCCCAGGUCCAGGAGGGUGUUUCCUCGCGCCCCGCCCUCUCCCCACAGCCCUGCCCCACCGCGCAGGGGGUGGCCGUUCCCCCCUUCUCACAGUGUGCUACUUUUUCUGUCUUCAGUCUUGUUGCUGCCUGAGUCUGUGACACCCCCACUCCCUACCCCCAUCCCACUCCAGUUCGCCCCUCAUCGCCCCCUCUCUGCGGGGCUGUUUCCAGGGACACAGCCUUAUCUAGGGUCCCUCCACCCCACACCCCCUCCAUGACCCUGGGGGGUGCUGGGACAGGGCUCAACUGGGGGUCGGGCAGGGAGGAAUAAACUCUCUACAAAGAACUC